AUGUCCGCUAGGAAGGACUUCAAGAUCUACAUGGACAAGCUACUGGAGCACAGCACCGCUCUAGACACGUUUCGACCUGACAAGCGCCACUCGGAUGCCGGUGAUACGGGGAGUGGGGUUCCCGCGUGGGGCCCGUCACUUGGGAUGUCGGAAGAGGGCGGUUCGGUGGGGGAGGCAAGGGGAAGCCCUCCGGCGGGAGCCGCGGUUGACGUGACGAUGCCCCCAUUCUCGCCAAGCCGCUUCAGGGAGGAAAAACACGCCUGGCCAAGAGCCGGCGCGGUCACCCCCCCUCGCCCUCGCCCGCCUCCCAACUUCUCCUGGAUGGCUGAGCCGGGAUCCCCGGCAUCUCGCCGCCGCGGCGGCGGCGGGGCGGGGGGGGUUAGCGGCGGUGGGGCGAGAAAAUCUCUCUCUUCUGCAGACUUGGCGUCGAGCCCCGCUCCCGCUGCUGGCGGACCGCGGAUAAAGGGAGGCCGGUUGUCCGCAGACCUCGGGAUGGACGACGGCGGUCGGUCAUGGGGGGCGGAGGAGGAGGAGGGAGAGGAGGAUGCGGACGCGUGGAAGGCCCAGUGGUCGAGGCGUCUGUCGAGGGGCCCGAUCCACUCGGAGUACCAGGACAGGUUUCCAUGGCCGCCGCGGUCGGCGUUCUUGGGAACGGUGGAUGAUGAUGCGUUUAACGGCGCGCCUCCGCCACCGCAUCCACGGGGUAGACGGGCGUCUGCUCGAGGCGCCGGCAGUAGGGCCGAGGGCGGCGGCGCCGGCAGUGACCGGCGUCAAGGGGGGAGUGCCGUUGCCCGCGGCCGUGGUGGGAGCGAGCCCCCCCGCGGUCGUGCGGCAGCAGGUUAUCCUCGGGAUGGGGGCGGAGUGGGGGGUGAGGAGCGGCGACGGCGACGGCCGUCGUCGUCGUCGGUGGACACAGCAGCAGCGGGCCGGGGAGGAGAAGGAUCGCCCAGUGACGGUAGAAGAGCCGGGACGGGCAGACUCCCGGGAGGGGAUCUCGAAAUGGCCGGUGGCGGCGGUCGUGGUGGUGGUGGUGGCGGUCGUGGCGGUCGUGGCGGUGGUGGAGCUGCUGCUGUAGUGCCGUUCGCUGCGGGAAAGCGGGGGGACGACAGGAAAGAAGGCGCUCGCCAGGAGGCGUGGCGGAGGGGGGGCUCCGCGGUGGGAUCGCCGCCCCCCUCGGAGCAGACCUCGGGGCUGGAGGUCAUCGGUCACCGCACCAGCAGGGCAAGCAGCGUCUACGACGAGAAGGAGUGGGAGGCGGGUAGGGGAAGCGAAGCUGAUGGCGGCUGGCCUUCGAGGGCGGCGGAUGUGGGGGGCUCGUCCAUGGCGGGGGGAGCAACUUUAAUUGGGUCGGCGGGAGAUGUGGCGGCGGCAGAGGUGUGGAGAGGCGAGGCGGUGGGGCGCGGCGAGGUCACGACGAUGUCUGGCGGGAGGACACUGGACUUCUCCUCCCAGUCGAUACUGACGGAGUACAUGGACGAGUACGCUUGGCCAUCUAGCCUCCCGGCUCCCGGUCGACGCGGGAAAAGGAGCGGGAUGGGGGUUGAUCACGUGGGGCGUCUCCUGGCGGGAAGGCGCGCCGAAGAGCCCGCUAGGAAGCUACCCGAUCCUGCUGUUGUUGCUCGGCUGGGAGCCGCGGCCGACAGGGCCCUUGGGGCCGGCAGCCUCGGGCACCUCUCGGAGAUGUGCCGCCUCAAGUCGCCCCCGCUGGCGUGUCGCAGGCUGAUGUUGGGGCUUGUGAUUGCCUUAGGGCUCAGGUGGAGGCGGUGGAGCGACAUCCGAACGCACCUCUUGGGGAACAAGCCGGAGCUGCAGGGUUUCUUGAAGAGGUUCAACAAGGACCGAGCCGGUCUCGCUUCCACGGCGCUUCUUCCGUUCGUGGAAGACCCCAGCCUAUCCCCCGCCGAGGUCCGACGGGUGGCGGCGUGCAUGGUCUGGGUGCCCCGGUGGCUCCACGCCCUCCACGACUACCUGGCGGUGAAGGAGGGGAAGGAGCUCGACGUGGACACCAUGCCCAUGUUUCAGGAGCCCGCCACCUCUCGUUCCCGCGCUAAAUUAGCACGGCGACGACAGAGCAGCGGCUGCAGGGCUCACGGAACGGUUCCGGGAACGGUCCCCCCGGAUGGGGCGAGCAAGGGAAGGGAGGGGCGGAGACCGGGGGCUGGUGAAGGCGGCAGUGGGACACAGCCGAGAAAAUCUGGCACCGCUGCAGCAGCAGGAGCAACGGCUGCAACAAUGGGUCUGAGCGAACAGAAACACGACCAAGGCCACCACCACGGUCGGGGGGGCACGCGGAAAACCCGGCGUCCUUCGCGGGCGGCGGCCACCAGGGGGGAUGAUUCCACGUGCCCGCCGGGGUCUACCCCGACCGGCGGCGACACCGAGGGGGGGUCGAGGGGGGAGGGCUUCCGGUAUUUUGGAGAGGGGGGGAGGGGUGGCGACGGGGGAAAAGUUGACGUUGACGGGGAUCUCGAGAGCGAGUCGCAGUGGACGGUCGGGACUGUCACUUCACGAGGGGACGUGCUUCGAACUCCCACCGAAGAUCAGGUAGAUAUCGGGAGCAGUGUGGUGGUCGGGGGUGGCAAAGGGAACGUCCGAAAGGCCCCUCACAAGCACGCUGGCGGUGGUGGCGGCGGCGGCGGCGGCAGAUCCUUGUCUUCUUCGGGGGUGCCAGCGUCACCCCCGAGGCGAAGGGUGCGGAGCACUGGUGAUGCAGCCAGAAGGGCGGGCACGGGGACGUUGGGUUUCGAGGAGACGCUGGCCCCCAAGGGGGGGCGACGGGGCUCCGUGAGGAGAGGGCUGUCGCGGGGGGAUACCCAGGCGUCGCAUGCUUGCAUCUACCGGCACAAGCACAAGGGACGGACGCCGUCUCGCGUCGCCAACCCCAAGGCUCGCCGGCCCGUGCAAGCGGCGCACGACCCCAUCCUCGCUAACACCCGCUGGCCCCCGCCGGUGGACGUUCCAGCUCAAGAACGCACGGAGCAGAGAAGCGCUUACUCGUUGGAGCACUCCUUCCUAGCCUACGACUAG